UUCCGAAUAGCCCCCUUUUUGGAUACAGGAAGGCAAACGAAGUAUCUGGAAUACUCUUUUCUUGUUGACGAAGAUUCGUAAACAGAAAUCAUAAUUCAUUCAAAUUCCCACCGCUCGGUGACAAUUUAAAGGAAGUAAAACGGUACAAAUUCGGAUCAAUUCUCUUGUUCCUACAGAUUCAAAAAAAAUACACAAAUUAGCAAUGGAAAGAGGAAGGGGCAGGUGGGGUUCAGUAUCACGUGGGAUGCUACCUCUAUUAGCGCUGCAUACAGUAAGCGAAUACUGCAGGCUGGAGAGGAAACCGCCGGUUACAGCAGGACUUCUUGCGGCUAAUACAAUUAUAUACUUAAGGCCCAGUUUUCUUGAUCCUUUUCUCCCUACCAUCACUGAAGUCUGGUUUAAUCCUCACCUCAUCCUUAAGUACAAGGACCUGAAACGAUUCUUCCUGUCAGCAUUAUACCACGUGAACGAAUCUCACCUAGUCUACAAUAUGCUCUCACUUCUGUGGAAAGGGAUACAAUUGGAGACAUCAAUGGGAAGUGCAGAGUUUGCAUCGACCGUUGCAGCCUUAGUUGCUAUGUCGCAAGGCAUUACACUAUUGCUUGCAAAAUCGCUUCUUUUGUUCUUUGACUAUGAGAGACCCUACUACAAGGAAUAUGCUGUGGGUUUUUCUGGUGUCCUCUUUGCCAUGAAGGUUAUUCUCAAUGCACAAUCAGAUGAAUAUACAUAUGUGCAUGGGCUGCUUGUUCCUACUCGUUACGCUGCCUGGGCAGAACUCAUUCUCAUACAAAUGUUUGUCCCUGGUGUCUCAUUUCUUGGCCACCUUGGUGGAAUACUUGCUGGCCUUCUGUUUUUGCGUUUAAAAGCAUCGUAUUCGGGUGCCAAUCCACUAGGGAACAUCAUCAGGGGUCUUACCCAUGCACUGAACUGGCCUUUAAGGUUUGUGAAGUGCUUAUUUCGAAGCCAACCAAGAAUUUCUGGUAGAGGAACCGUUGGUGGGAGACAGACAAGAAAUACAUCUCAAUUGUGGAGAUGCGAAGCAUGUACAUUUGAUAAUUCAGGCUGGUUAAGUGUUUGUGAAAUGUGUGGCACAAGUCGAACUGACGACGGGCUGUUAUCUCUUAGUUCAACAGAUGAGAUUCAAGACCUAUCAUUGGAAGAAUUACGGCGUCGGAGAAUUCAAAGAUUUGGUAGAUGACAAGAGAGAUUGGCUCAAAUGGUCAUAGACGUUAUUAUAACUUAGAAAUAGUCACAUUGAAGUAGGGUAGUAGAGGCCUGGAAAUGCCAUCAAGGGUAUCUUGCGGAUAAUCACUGUGCUUAAUAGUAAUCAAAAAAGCAGUACUUACCUAAUACUGUUUGGUACAGGAGGCGUGUCUCCGUUAAGGAUGUGGAAGAGAGUAGAUUUGAGAAGCAUGCAAGUUGUUCCAUGGACGGAAUAUAUUGGCACAUUGUGUUACUUUUAUAUUGUCAUGAAUCCGAAGGGCUCCUUCCCGCAUUACGUAAUGUAUGUACGUUAACCUUCUGUUAUGUCCUUAAGAAGUGAAAUUUUCUGCUAGCUUCCAUUUUACGUAGUUGCUCAUCCAAGUUUUGUCAUCUCUUGUCUUCUUGAUCGUGGCAAACCGCCAGGAUGUCAUGUGUCCUGUAUUUGACCAGUUUAAUUAACCUUGCCAAUAGAGUUUUUUUUAGGUUUGAAAUCUAUCGCAAUUUAAGUAAAAUAUUUAUGCAA